CAUUUCCCAUUCUUGAAAUUACUGCAAUCAAUUUCAUUGAAAAUAUUGUCAUGAAUGUGCUACUUUAAAACAUCGUUUGUACAAUAUCAUCUUGUUCUAUAUAUAAAACAUCAAAACGAUGAUUGAAACUUGGCGAAAACAACGGAAUUUAGCGGGUGUAUGGCCGAAGAUUUACUCCAUAUUCCUCCCAUAGUUUCUCGUGUAUAACUGUAAAUUGUAUCAUCAUGGCUGAGGGUUUGGACCAAGUUCAAGGACAAUCAAGCUGUCAAGAUGGGAUUUUUCAUAAAAGUGGAACAAAUGGUUGUAUUUCUUCAUCGUUCAAGAUUACUAAAGGGCUCUCGAACGCUGAAAAACCUUUCCUGUUGGCAACUAAAAAUGAAACAUGUUUUAGCCAUUUUUCUAGUGGUUCAGUGUAUUGUUACCGUUUAAAGGCAUUACAAGCCCAUCUAUUGACUACUACGGAGCUAAAACUUACUCAAGAAUGUCUUAAACGGUUUGUAUGUGCGUUAAAUUUCAAGAAAAAGCUUGAAAAUUACGUUGAAAAUGAACUGACCCGUUUAAAUAUUAUAUAUUGUCAUGGCCUGUCCAAAAACAAAGGUCUCAAUUUAGAUUACUACCAUAAGGUUUGCAAAGAAGCUAAGAUUCAUUUGUUUCAUUGGCAACAUAUUGAGUACAAAUUAAGCCAACAGCCUUUGCCAGUUCGUUGCAUUGUCCUCCUUCGCACAAGAAUUCAGAAGUUCAAACAGUCUUUCUUGUGUGUAAGGCGUAAGAUUUUACACUGGUUGCAUAUGAUUGCUGUAGCUGGUGUACGAGUUCUGGCAAAUGCAAGUUUUAAGCAGCUUUCAAGCACUGUUGAUCUGCAGAAUUUUCUACAAGGUAUUGAGGAGUUCAACCACAUUAUAUCGGCCCAGAUAAAGAAUGGUGCAGACUCAAUGAAUGUUUAUGGUUUCAAUACGAAGAACAUAUGUGCUGUUCUUCGCAGUACGCUUCCAACCUUAGAUCUUGUGGAGAUUCUCUCAGUCAUAUGUGUUGAAAGAUCAAAACUGCUGGCAAGAUUGACUCAUGAGCAUUUUGUGCAAGAAUCGAAAGCUGUAGAAUUGCAGGAUUUCUUAUCAACCACAAGAUUUUCGUGGAAUCCUGACGGACACUUGUCAACGCAGGAUCUAUUGGAGUGCACUGGAAAUGUUCGCUACGGAAAAUUGCAGCUGGUUAUCAAGAAAUAUGGUUAUAAAGAAGAGGAGUUUAUCAAGCAGUUGAUGGGAACUGCCUCUGUUUGUGCUGUUUUGCAUCACGAGAAUGAAGUCAGAAGACAGCCGAAUGAGUUUUGUGAGAAACACAAUCAAACGACAUGUAGUCAGGAGUGCAGUGUAGUGCAAGCCAAUUGUCUUGCCUGUCAAAUGAAACAGAACUCAAUCAGGGCUCUAAUGGAUGGCUCAGACCCUUCCGAGUAUUAUGAUGUUCAUGAAGUCUCAACACAGACUGCCCCGUGCAGCCCAGCACAGGAGAACCAAGGUUCAAAUCAAGAUCUCCGUGCAUUAUUUAUGGAGUCAAAGCCGUCAAAAGCAAAGUUUCAGUUAUUUGCUUUUUACAGUGAUGAUUUAUGGAAUAGAUUUGAUUCCGAGUUUUAUAGCAUUCUCGAAAUGUUACAAUGGCCAUAUUCUACAAGUACUACCAUUGGACCUUUGUGCUGUUGGUCCACGGCAGUUGUUAUGGGGAUCACACAACAUUUUGAUAAUUUGGCAGCGACAGGUCCCUUUACUGAGGUUGGAAUGCAAUCAGUUCAACAUGUCAGUCAUUCUCUUUAUCUCAGAUCAGUGCUUUCCAGUGUGGAUAGCUUUCACUGCCUGAUGAUUGCUAUUGGACAGCAAGAUAAAUGCAGACCAGCAUCGAUUGUUGACGGUAUUUCAUCGACAAAGACCACCAGCCUCAUGGUGCAAGCUUGUUCGGUGUUUCAACAUUUCUUCACCACAGCCAGCUACUGGGAAGAAUUCACAGAGAACAGAACUACUCUUCGUUCACCCUCGUGUCUUGCCGUGCGUAUCAAGGAUGUGUUUGAUCGAUUUGGCUUGUUCCUGAACUACUGCAUCUUUUGGUUCACGACGAAACUCAAGCACUUUCUAGCCGGCUGGAGCCUGCAGCAAUAUUUCGUCGUCUCCCAGUACGACAUGAGUAUUUUAAUGAAGGCAGUCAACGCGACGCUCCAGUUGAUGGAGCAAAUGCACUGUCAGUUGGGUAACGUUUCUGAUCACGCGAUUGCACUGAAGUACCAUUGGAAUGAGAUGGAGAGAAAGGCUGGGUUUCUUCAGAUCAUCGAAGUUGACUCGUGGGAAAGCUUCAAACACAAGUUUAUCAGGUUGGCAAGUGAAUUCUGGAAAGAGAUGAUGCCGAAAGGGCGUCUUUGGAAACGUAGUAGAACCUCUGGUAAUCUGCCAAGCACACCAAGUUCCUAUGUCGAACACGCUAUCAUACAAGUUCUCCAGCCUGUCAUCGAAGGUGUCUCACAACUGCCCCAGGGUCUUCAAAAUUCCAUCUUGAUACAAACGGUGGAAAUAAUGAUGGACACUUGGAGCAGUUACAUCUUGAAAGAACAGAUUAAAUUCAGUGUAAUUGGGGCAUAUCAACUUCAAGUUGACUUUAACUAUGUGAAACUCUGGUUGACCUCAGAGGGCUCCACUCUGAGCACUUCGGUGCAAUCGGAUCUUGCCGUGCUCGACGUUUUCCGACACCUGAACGAAGCUGUUCGGCUUCUGAUGAUCCAACCGAAGAAUAAACGGAAACGGAUCGUCGUGGGCGAGAAUGGCCUGGACCCCGAAAUUGAGUCAAACCUGAGCACCAUCAGCGGUAGUUCUUUACUCUCAAGUACUUCAAGUUAUGAUGGUGAAACAGACUUGCUAAACAAUCAAGUCAUACCCAAUAAAGAUCAGUGGCUGAAUUUGAGAUUACGAAAAGGAAAAUCUCGCGUGCCACUUGUUAUUCCAGCUUGUUUGAGGUCUUCGGAGCAAAGGUAAUCAACAUGACGUCGUGGGAAAUUUUGAACAGUUCCUACCAGGUUCCUACUAAUUUCGCUGCCAGUACUAAAUGACUGGUUUCAAUUUUCCUAAUGAUGCCUGCGAAAGCAUCGGAAAUAUCUUGAAUUUAGGGUUUUUAAAUAAAUGAGCCGCAUGUACACUGCAAGUGAAAGUGAAUCUUCAUCAAUAGGGGAUCUUGUGAACAAACCUAAAGACAGACAAUUCAGAGAGACACGCAUUAUUCAGUGCUUGCUAUAUUAUAUAUAUUGAAAUAUUAGAAUUGACAAAUUUUCUGUUCUAAUAAUCUCUACAAAUAAGUAUUUAACUUGAGGCAGUUCCUCUGUAAAACCUGCUAUAUGGAUGUAUAAAAUGUUAUUGAAAUUAUAAAUGAAAGU